AUGGCGCAACAAGACCCCAGUUCCACCGUCCCCCAGGACUUGAUGCCCCAUGUGCACCUCGUCUCCUCGUUUCGAUAUCCGGCCAUGGCCGGCUUGGACCUUAAGGACGUUGCCAAGUUCCUCAUCAAUGCGCCAAUGAUUGCUAGAGACAAGGCUCCUUUCUUCUGGACCUACCUGGACAAGCCUGCAGACUCUACCGUCCUCCUCACAUGGCAGCCAGUGGCCCGCCUCGGCACCAACUUUGCUACCGACGGCUUCGUCUGGGCGCCGCCUGAGCAAAUCUACAAGCAUGAUCUGGGCAAUGGCCUUAUCAUCGAGAUCUACUUCCUCAAGGCCGGCUUCAUCCCCGGCGAACAGGUUGCCGCUCACACACGACGACGAUUCCGCCUUGUGCCCGCGCCCAACCAUCCUAACCCCUCGCAAGUCGAUACCAACCUUUUCCUGGUUCACUACGGCGCCACGGAACCCAACGAGCGCAUACCCGCCAACGUCAUUCCCUACGAUGAACGAGUCAACGCUAUAAUGCAGCAGCGACACUUCCUCCUCCGCGCUGGCCAGAUUCGACGCAAAGAAUUCAUGCUCUCGGACCGAGCCAACUGGCCUUCGCUCCCUGAGCUUGCCCGUCACCAGAUGGCGCCUCAGAUGGCUCCUCGAGGUGUCCCACAGCAGAUGGCGUAUCCUUCGCAGAACCCAACUGGCCCGCCUACUAAGCGCGCGCGCCACGCUCAAAAUCCUAACCAGCCAGCCCCAAUGCCUCCCAGCAUGGCCCCUGCGGAUCCCUUUGAUGACGAAGAGGAUAUUGCUCGCGGAGACAUGUUUGACCACCUGACUCCUAGAGAAGUGUCCUACAGCCGCUACCAGCAGAACCACGAGUGGAUGGAAGAGAUUCUGUCCUCGCCAUACCGAAUGGGGCAGAUUGUCCCCGCUGAUCUAGGUCUCGGAUUGACUGGAGAGCUUGCGUCUCUUACGGAAGGCAUCUUUGCUAGCGUUGGUCCUGAUGCUCUCAGCCAGCCAGAGGGCAAGAUCUACACAGGCAAGCUUGACCAAGGCGAAGCUGACAAGUUCAAGGACCGCGUCAGCAAGUACAUUGACUCGACAAAUUCUGAACUGGAGAAGAUGAAGGCUGAGCAUGCCAAGUCUUUAGAGGAAUUCCGCGGCAGCUCAGUUAUUCGCUCUAAGGAACGCGAAUUGAAGGGUCUCCAGGAGGAAACUGGCGCUGAGAUUUGGCGAAUUGAAGGACGUGUGGAUGCUACAGAAGAUGACGGCCCCAGCAGCGCGCCAUCCAAGUCUAAGCAAACGCUUGAUGAAAUUGUCAAGGAUGUCGAGACAGCCCUUGGUCACACAAUUGAGCCCAAGCCUAAGAUCGACAGAGUUGCCGCAGGUGGCUACCAGGAACCUGCACCAGAACCAGAACCUGAGCCUGAAGUAGCGGCCCCCGAGGAAGAAUCCCGACGACCAUCUCAGCCGGGAUCCCAGGUGGGGGAAUUAAUGAUGGAUGAGGCCGAUAUGGAUAUGGGCGGUACGGCAGCCGGUCUCCUGGAUGAGAUGCACACGGGCUUCUCGUCCAUGUCUACGCCAAACAACAACUUCCCGACACCGCAGGCCCAGCUGUCGGCUGGCCAGUCAAACGCUGCCACACCCAAUCCUAUGGCUCCUUCUCCUGCCGCCGCCGCUGCACCACCACAGCCGCAGGCAGGUGGCGAUGUGUCAAUGGGCGGCACCGAAGGCCAGAGCAGACCAGCCGAGGGCGAGACAGCACCAGACCAAGGCACCGGCAGCGGUGAUUGGGUUGUGGUGCCUAAAGAAGGCAACGGUGCGGCAGAAGGCGGUGCUGAGCCGGCCAAGACGUCCGGCGCCGGUUCUUCUGCCAAAGCGACGCCCCUUACAGGUACUCCAGGAGCUGUGUUUGACCAAAACGACUUUGGCUCACUAGAGGAUCUUGACACUGCGGGCGAUGCGCUGGCAGGCUAUGACGAUAACAACGGCAACGGCAAUGGAGACAGCAUGGGCGACGGUCUGGAUCUUCAGAUGGACAUGGAAGACUCGGCUUUUGGAGAUGCGUUUCACGGCGUGAACUCGACUGGAACACCAGGAGGAGAAAUGUAG